AUGGGCGCACAGGGAGACGAUCUGGAUGGCUUGACCAACGACGAUGUUUUCCAAUUAAAUGCUGUUUUGUUUGGGAAACGCCAAGUGGACCUCACCAAUUUCGGCUUGAACGUAGCCUCGCAACAACAGAAGCAACCGCAACAGCAGCAACCGCAACAGCAGCAACCGCAACAGCAGCAACCGCAACAGCAGCAACCGCAACAGCAGCAACCGCAACAGCAGCAACCGCAACAGCAGCAACCGCAACAGCAUCAACACCAACGCUUUACGCACGAAGACAUUGCCGAAUUAGAUGCUGUUUUGUUUGGUCACAGCCCAAACAACCGCCAAGUGGUCACCAAUCACGGCUUGAGCGUAGCCUCGCAACAACAGCAGCAACCGCAACAGCAUCAACACCAACAACAACAUCAGCAGGCCCAGCUAGCACAUAAUCAGCAUCAGCACCAGAAUAUUGAGGUCCAGGACCAGCAGCCGGAACAACAGCAGCCACCGCUAGCUGUCACAGUACCGCCGCCGCCGACUUCCGGCACCACGCCUACCACCCCCGACACCAUGUUUGCCACCCCGGACACCAGGAAGAAUGACUCACCCAACACCAUAAAUACCACCCCCGACACUACGAAUACCACCCGCAGCAUCACGAAUGCCACCCCCGACACCCCCACCCCCAGCAACUUCAACUACCUCCCAGAACAGGCGAUCUGCGGCAACUGCCAUCGGAGCUACUUCCUGGACAACAACGGGCCCAACGCUUGUCACUAUCACAGCGGAACGCCGCAGGUCAACGCGUCUUCGCCGAUAUGGCAUGCCAUGAGGAUCGAGACGCCCGAGGACACGCCGUACAACCGUCGGCGCUGCCCGAUUGGCUUUCGCUACAGCUGCUGUGGGAGGGACAUGAUCGCGUGGCUUGGAUGCGUCUCGGGGAGGCAUGAGCCUCCGCUUGCGGCUCCGCCUGCGCCCAUGGCCCCGGAGUCUGCACAAGGGCACGAUUCGGAGGAGGAUGCGCCGUGGGACUUGGAGGAAUAA